GAUCCAGAAGCCUCCGAAAAUGAGCCGAUCGCAGGGGCCCUUGUGGUUCAAGGACGUGGCCGUGGGCUUCACACAGGAGGAGUGGCAGCAGCUGGAGCCGGUGCAGAGGAGGACUUACCGGGAGGUGACGCUGGAGAACUACAGCCACCUCGUGGCCGUGGGCGGUGACGUCUCCAAGCCACGCGUGAUCGUGAAGUUGGAGCUGGGAGAGGAGCCAUGGCUGGCGGACAGAGAGCUUCCCUGUCUGAGUCCUCUAGGUGAGCAACAAGAGUGUUUACUGUCCCAGCCGAGGUGACAGCAGGACCUGUGUGCACGUG